CAUUUUCAAAAUUUUAUUUAUUUUAAAUAUUUUAAAUUAUUUUAAAAAUUUUAAAUUAUUUUAAAUAUUUUUAAAUUUUUCAAAAUUUCCAAAUCUCGCUCCCUCUCCCCUAAUCUCCCUCCCUUUACUCUAAUACUACUCCUACUAUAAUAACAUAAAACAGAUUAGUAUGUGUUGAGUAUGGGCGGUGGUAAGUCACAGAAGGGCGGGAAGCAUGGUACCAUAGGUCGUACGUUAGCUCAUGACAUUCUAUACCGUCAGCAGUCGCAAUCUCUCAAUAGUAUUCUCGUUAGAAAAGAGAAUUCUGUGUAUGAGAGGAAUGAUUUGGACGAGUAUAUCAUUGGGAAACUGAACAAUUUGGAGCAAUUCCUGAGUAACAGAAAAGUGCUCAGGGAAGUUAAAAACACAUCCCUGACAUCGGAGUUACUCAGUUGUAUACAGAAUAGUAUCCAAAAUAGUUUACAAAGUGAUGAAAAUGAGUUCCCGGAGAUCCCCGUGCCCCGGAGGAUAUACCACUUCACAACACAGGAAAAGGUACUGAUAACAAAGUUAAAUAGAGAAAGAGAGAAGAAUAACAGUAGAAAAUACUUUAAAAGGAGAAAUAAGAAGAUCGUAGACCAGUUCAUGCACGGGCAUUUGGUCAAAUCUGUACACACCCCGAGGCGUAUCAUUAAUAGAAAUAACUCCGUAAAUAGUUUGAGUUCUCCUGCAGGGGUUAAUUUUACCCUAAAUUCACAACACUCUGAAGAUAGUGUAGGGGAUGUGGAAACGCCACUGAGAGAUGAUUCCACAGAAGACACUGAAGACACUGUAGACAGUACCAUGGAUACUCCUAGCAAUACAAGGGAUAGUGUAGGAUCUGGAGAAGAUGUGGACAGUACAGAUCCCGUGGAACCUAACCCCGUAACGGAAGACGCCGUAACGGAAACCCCGGUAACUUCAUAUAUAAACUACGUAAUAUCCGAGAGUAAGAGGAUAAGAAUAGAGAAUUUGAGUGUGGAGGAGUGGGACCGGAUAGAGUUGCGUAACUUUUACAAGUGGCGCAGUAUUUUGAGUGAGGUUGAACUCCGUGAAAAAAGUACAAUGACGCCGUAUGAGAAGAACUUGGAGUUCUGGCGUCAGCUGUGGCGCGUGAUUGAGCGGAGUCACCUGGUGCUAAUCAUCCUAGACGCAAGAGACCCGCUCUUCUUCAGAGUCAAAGACCUCGAAAAUUAUAUCAAACAAAUCAAUCAACAUAAACACUUUAUAUUGGUACUGAAUAAGGCCGAUUUCUUAACUGAGGACUUAAGGACCAAGUGGGCUCACUACUUCAAAUCACAAGGCGUUGAUUACCUGUUCUUUUCUACCCUAAAUUCAAAUUCCAACACUGUCAACAGUGUCAACAGUGUCAGUAGUGUCAACACCUGUUCCAUAACUGAGUACCCCGAUUUGGACAGUAGGAUAUAUAAUGUUGAGUUAUUAUUGGAGAGGAUAAAGUAUUAUAAGAGAGUGAGUGUUGACGUGGAAGAGAAGUACGUGGUUGGGUUUGUGGGAUAUCCGAACGUUGGCAAGAGUUCACUGAUAAACUGUUUAAUGGAGAGUACCAGGACAUGUGUAGGAACACAACCUGGGAAAACUAAACACAUUCAAACACUACCACUCAAGAAUUCUGACAUUAUCCUAUGCGACUGUCCAGGAUUGAUAUUCCCGAAUUUGGUGUCUACAAAGUAUCAUUUGCUGAUUAAUAGUAUUAUCUCCACGGCACAUUUCAAGGGUGACAUGACUGUGGCUGUGCAGUUGAUAUGUAAUUUAAUACCGCACCAAGUCUGUAAACGAUACGACAUUGACAUCAAUCAGUGUCUCAUCACUCUGAAACAUACUAACACUACGUCCAAUAGUGUGAAUAAUACUAACACUACUUCCAAUAGUGUGAAUAACACUAACACUACGUCCAAAAGUGUGAAUGCUGACGGAAUGAGUGAAGGGGUGAGAGUAUUGUACAGUGUGAAGGUAUUGGAGGAGUUGUGUAAGAAUAGGAAUUACAUUUCAGCCGGUAAAGGUGGUCAACUAGACCACACCAGAGCAGCCAAACUCAUCAUCAACGAUUUCACUCAAGGGCAUUUACUAUACUGCAAACUACCUCCCACCAACACUAGCUAUACACUGAGUAAUAGUAUUGACAGUGUAGAAAGUGGGAACAGUGUAGAAAAUGGGAAUAGUGUUGAAAGUUCUGAGGGUUUGGUGGAUGUAAUGGAGAAGAUGAGGAUUAAGACUUUGGGCGAGUCUAAACAGGAUGAGGAUAAUGUUAAUAAAUGGCUAAAACAACAGAUACACAAGGAGGAUAAAGUGAGAAUAACAAAGAGGAAGAUGCGAUUUUUAAUCAAGGGGAAGAGAAAGAACCCCUCAUAAUCUCCCCAAAAACAUCUAAUCUA